AUGUUGAUUGACAAUGCUGUUACAAGACCUGGACAAAAGAACAUUAGAGGGGGGACUGAGAAAGGAAGAACCUUGGACGUUAGGAACCCUGAAAGUAAUUCAAAGAAACCUGUGAUUAACUGGAUCUCUCUCCGAGAAAACAAAGCUAAAUAUGAAGUUAUGAAGUGGGCAGACUUGCCUCCUAUUGAGAAAAACUUCUAUGAAGAAUCAUCAAGGACUGCAUCUAUGUCACAAGAGGAAGUGGAGCUGUGGCGGAAAGAAAAUAAUAAUAUAACUUGUGAUGACUUAAAAGAAGGUGAAAAGCGCUGCAUUCCCAAUCCUGCUUGUAAAUUUGAAGAUGUAUUUGAGCAUUAUCCUGAUAUUAUGGCUAAUAUAAGAAAAGUUGGUUUUCAAAAGCCUACACCAAUUCAGUCCCAGGCAUGGCCGAUCUUACUCCAAGGAAUUGAUCUUAUUGGUAUAGCACAGACUGGUACUGGGAAGACAUUAGCGUACUUAAUGCCUGGAUUCAUUCACUUGACUUCACAACCAAUUUCCAAGGAUCAGCGUGGGGGGCCAGGAAUGUUAGUCCUUGCUCCCACUAGAGAACUGGCACUUCAAGUAGAGGCAGAGUGUUUGAAGUACAUAUACAAAGGAAUUAAAAGUAUUUGCAUAUAUGGUGGUGGGGACCGAAAAGGACAGAUAAACGUGGUUACCAAAGGUGUGGAUAUUGUUAUUGCUACUCCUGGCAGACUGCAUGAUCUUCAAAUGAACAACUUCAUAAAUUUGAAGAGCAUAACAUACUUGGUUUUAGAUGAGGCUGACAGAAUGUUGGAUAUGGGAUUUGAACCUCAGAUAAUGAAGAUCCUAAUAGAUGUGCGGCCUGACAGACAAACUGUUAUGACAAGUGCUACUUGGCCUGAUGGUGUUCGUCGCCUAGCAAAAUCCUAUUUGAAAAAUCCUAUGAUUGUGUAUGUUGGCACUCUUGACUUAGCAGCAGUAAAUACAGUAGAGCAGAGAGUUGUUGUUAUCGCCGAGGAGGAAAAGAAAGCUUUCAUGCAGUACUUCAUUGACACUAUGAAGCCAAGUGAUAAAGUCAUCAUUUUUGUGGGAAAAAAACUUACAGCUGAUGACUUAGCAAGUGACUUUAGUCUCCAAGGAGUUCCAGUACAGUCACUUCAUGGUAGCAGGGAACAGUGUGAUCGAGAACAGGCCUUAGAUGACUUCAAGAGAGGCAAAGUUAGAAUACUGGUAGCUACUGACUUAGCAUCCCGUGGCCUUGACGUGCAUGAUAUUACUCAUGUUUUUAACUUUGACUUCCCUCGCAACAUUGAAGAAUAUGUUCAUAGAGUAGGUCGUACCGGAAGAGCAGGACGUACUGGGAAGGCAGUAACACUUGUCACCAAGAAUGAUUGGAGAGUUGCAUCUGAGCUGAUUGAAAUUCUGGAAAGAGCAAACCAAGUAGUUCCAGACGGGCUUAUUGCAAUGGCAGAAAGAUACAAACAAUUUCAAAUCAGAAAAGAAACUGAAAAGGAUAUGCAAAGACCUCGGAGAAAGCCCUCAAAAUAACUGUAAUCGAAGUUCAAAACUUAGUGAAACAAAAUGAUUAUAGUUAGUCGUAGCCUCUGUGGGCUUGGAUUUAGAAGUUUGUCUUGGUUGUUUUCUGUACCUGUGCUAUUAAAAUGAGUUUUAAAUAGUGGUUUAGGAAAAAAAAAAACUGGAUUAACUUUAUAUAGAAUUAAAUCUGGUUUUGCACUUGGACACUACUUUCACUUAAUUACAUUAUUCUAGUGUGAUGUGCAUGAUUCUAAAGCCAUUACCUACUGGUUAGAAACAAAUAUUGUGGGGUUGUUUGGUGGUUGGUU